CUAGAAGCGUUCACCCGGCACCGGGACUUCUUGCUUUGCUUUGCUUCCCAUCUCUGUUUCGAAACAAUGGCGACUCCACCUGCCCGUAAAGCCAUAUUAGAUCUCUAUGCAUCCACCUUGCGGACGGCGAAAUCAUUCAGUUCAUAUAACUUUCGCACCUAUUUCGUUCGGAGGACGGAGGAUACAUUCCGUGGGAUCCAAGCAGAACAAGAUCCUAUCAAGCUUUCACAUGCAUAUAACGAGGCUAUGAAGGAGCUUUCGGUAUUAAGACGGUGUGCAGUCAUGAAUCAACUGUAUGGCGGUGCGCGGCUGGCAGUCGAAGAACAGAGUGAAGUGCGUACCUGAGGAGAUACGUGAGCUAGGAAAAUACCGGAUACUAGGUGUGGAUGAUGAAAGCAUAAUAGAGAUCAUGUUCGCCGCACUGCACAGAAUGGUACAUGGACACCAGCAGGAAGACUGCACGUCACUGUUGAACGUUGAGCAUUGACUGUCACAUAGUCAAUUCUCAGCGUCAUGCUGUUCUCUUGCUUCAAUGAGAAUUUGUUCUGAUUU